ACGCUCGACGCCACAGCCUAAGGGUGGCAAAGUGGCGUAUUCCAGUGGGUGACGACAGCACAUAGCGUAGUACCUAUCAGGUUGAUGCCCUGAGCUAGUCUUUGUCGGCUAGUAAACUCCUCAACUCCUCGUUCUCGCUGUGGUCCUCUGCAUUAUCUCGCUCCUUCUGGGCCCCGCGAUGGCCAUCCUCCUCAUCCCGGUCCGGGAAACAGCCAUUAUCGACCAGCUUUCGUCCCGCCGCUUUGUCCAGUUAAAUUCCGAGCAUCCUCCCAAUCUCAUCAUCCCACCCCACCCAGCAUCCCCCGGGCGUUACGUUGGCCACCAACCGGCGACACUCUUCCACCGCAAGAACAUUGACCAGCUGGCGGAUGACUUUACUAGGAACAGCGGUCAUGUCUAUCCCUCGGCGAGAAACCGCAUGGUUCGGUCGGAAAUUUGGAUAAACGACUGGCCCGUGUACGGCAGCAUUUGGAUCCCGUGCCGGAAGGUGUUGGACCAACUUCUUACUCAGCUUGGCAGGUAUAGCAUCUCUAUGGUGUUUGACUGGGAUACAUUGGAUCAGAAUCAGCGAGAAAGCAAUGUGAGCGGCAUUGAACUCAGCUCCCUCAACGACCUCGCCCCACGCCAGGACACGACCGAGACGGUCUUUUAUGACGGAGAGUCACUGCCGGAGUCUCUUUAUCAAACAUACAAAUCCGUCCCGGAAAUCGGAUUCAGACGGCACGGUCCUGCCCUUGGUUUCUCCGGCAGUUGCUUCUGGGGCAAUGUUUCCGUCAUGUCCGUUGCAAAAGACAUGUCAGUCCGCUGCUACACCGUCACCGACACGGGUUUAAUGCAAACUUUUCAGUCAUCUUCCCCCAACCCAGAGAAGGAAAUAUCGACGAGAUGCAUUCAAGUUGGCCAAGGUUGGGCCGGGUCAAGAAAUCACCACGGUCAAUUUUAUAUCAACGAGACCAAACCACUAACGAACGAGACUUCUGACACUGUCUCAGUCGACUUCUACUCGCUUUCUCGUAUCGUCUUUUUGAACUCGACAACAAGGAACUGCGGUAUUCCCAUGGUGGACGGCCGGUCAAACCCUCCCUGUGACUGGAACGCCCUAUUUUCCGAAUCCCCAUCGCCGGGGCAUCGGGCUGCUUCUUUGAACCAGCAGGUAGUAGAGUACAGUUACAGAAAUGGCAGCGUGGACGCUGAUGGUUCACAAUUCAAUCCUCACUCGCACGUUUACUCGACUGCCUGGUGCAACUCGGCCUCUCAUCUGGGGUUUGGCACUUACGAACUGGCCGCCACCCGACGUCUCAUCAACGCGACCGGGGACGCGAGGCUUACCAUCGAAACUGAGCCGGAACCCGCAGAACCCGUCUACAUACACCCGGACUGGGUGCUCGCAAGCUGGGAAGUGAGUCACUCAGUGACCGUGCCGGUUGACUCGAACAACCCGGCCGCGACUUUAGUCCUCAACGCAUUGCGCCAGGUUUUCAGUUAUAGAAAUGCGCCUAUGAAGGAUCUAUGGGGCCUCUUCUCCAUUCACGCCAUUAUCAUGAUCAGCGCCUUGGGCAUCAUCGAUUAUGACGAGCUACCCCUUAAUGAUGCCGACCCGGAAAGUACGAGCACCAACCGGAUUCUUGACAACUUCAUCACCUCCGAGAUCCUGUGCCGUCGUCGGACUUAGCAUAGCUCUAAGCCUUGCCCCAUGGCCGUUUACCACCCAACCUACCGGCCUGAGCUUGUUCAGGGGGGCUUUCACGCAACACCCGGCGGAGAAACUAGGGAGUCUUUCGGUUAAAAAGGUCGGCUGGCUUCCUUACAAAUUUGUCACGGGACAAAAUAGAGAUGAUGUCAAGGAUGAUAAAGAAGAGGACGAAGAACACUCGCAGCUUGGGUUGUCCGGAGGGGUGAACAAUGGUCUAGACGUUCCACCACACCCGGCCGCGAAGCCAGAGACCCGUAAAUAUAGAGGUCGCCUGUU